ACGAUUCACGUAGAAUUUCUAAAACUCUGUAAAGGUAAUGAAAGGUUGUAAAAAUGUUACCCAAUUACAACCCUUUAUUCAUCUUUCACUAUAGAAGCUCGGGAUAAAAACUAUUAUUGAAAUCGUGCCUUUUUAAAUAUUAGAUAAUUUUUCUAAUAAAAAGUUUCUGUGGGAAAAUGAGACAAUCAAACACAAGGUGAGUAAUGUGAAUUGUAAAUACUUUCAACUUGAAACUAACUAUAUAAUCUUUCAUAACAACAGACGGACCAUAACUGUUGUCCAAUCCCAACCUAUCAGUCAAGUGGGAUUUAGGAAUCAUCCUCCUAGAGAUCCCCAUUCUACCCGUAAGUUCUUAACUUUUACGAUGGCUAUAAAUAAUUAAUCUACUGUAUCUAACAGCUGUAGUUAGACCACCAUCUUAUGAGGUAUCUGUUGAGGUAUUGAUAUUAUUUUAAUCUUUUAUAUAUUGAUCUGACAUAAGUUUGAAAAAUCUUAGCCACCUCCUCCAUACGAAGCCAUAAAUGCUAUUCGCAAACUACCUAAACCUCCCAAACCGGUCAAACCAAAAAUAUCACCGAAACCUUCAGCAGCCUUAAAUGAUGCCGCGAUAUCUCGUAACGGAGCCCCUGCGGCAAGACCGCGCUCUCUUGUUCCGUCACAUUCCGAUAACAAUAUUAGUAGUACAAUGGCUACUGCAUCUGCAGCUAGGAGCUUUGCAAGUUCAAAUCCAAAUCUUAUUCGACAAGCACCAUCCGUAGCUUCAAGCGUAGCAAAUUCGGGUCUUAUUCAAAAGGCUCCGCAAGCAGCAGCCUUUGCGGCAAAUUCGGGUCUUAUUCAAAAGGCUCCGCAAGCAGCAGCCUUUGCGGCAAAUUCGGGUCUUAUUCAAAAGGCUCCAGAAGCAGCAGCCUUCGCAGCAAACUCGGGUCUUCUUCAAAAGGCUCCAGAAGCAGCAGCAUUUGCAGCAAAUUCUGGUCUUAUUCAAAAGGCUCCAGAAGCAGCAGCAUUUGCAGCAAACUCGGGUCUUCUUCAAAAGGCUCCAGAAGCAGCAGCAUUUGCAGCAAAUUCUGGUCUUAUUCAAAAGGCUCCAGAAGCAGCAGCAUUUGCAGCAAACUCGGGUCUUCUUCAAAAGGCUCCAGAAGCAGCAGCAUUUGCAGCAAAUUCUGGUCUUAUUCAAAAGGCUCCAGAAGCAGCAGCAUUUGCAGCAAACUCGGGUCUUCUUCAAAAGGCUCCAGAAGCAGCAGCAUUUGCAGCAAAUUCUGGUCUUAUUCAAAAGGCUCCAGAAGCAGCAGCCUUCGCAGCAAACUCGGGUCUUCUACAAAAGGCUCCAGAGGCAGCAGCCUUUGUCGCAAAUUCGGGUUUUAUUCAAAAAGCUCCAGCAGCAGCCGCCAGUGUAGCAAAUUCAGAUUUUAUUCAAAAGGCAUCUUCUGUAGCUUCUGCUCAGUCCAAAAGCAAUUUAAUCUCUUUUAGUCCAGAGAAAGAAACACAGCCGCCAAUUAGCCUGCCCAGAUCUUCUUCAACUAUGGGUUUAUUAAGCGUACCUAAGAACAAUGGAUCUGAAACUAGUCAACCUAGUCGUUCAAAUGUUAGCUCUCUAGUGGAUAGAUAUAAAGAUUUGCGAAUUAUUGGAAGUUUUACGAAUACUUAUAAUACGAAUAAGCCUAAAGCUGAGCAAGAAGUAAAUAGAACUAGAUUAGCGGAGAAUAAUCCAUUUGAACUAAUAGGAUUAAAUGAAUCGGCUAAUAGUGCUGGACAAAAUGAUAGCACCACAAAUUUCGCAUCAGAAUCAGUGGAGACAACAGCAAGUAAUAACAAUUUAUCGCCUCCGUCAAGAGCGAAUAACAAUCAUAUUUCCUUAAAUACGAAAAAGAAGAGACCUCCUAGACCUCCUCCACCAAAAGCUCUAACCAAGCCUAAUAAUCCGGAAAUUAAGCACAAAGUCGGUCCUACUUCCCUUUACAAAAGUGUAAUGACCGAACCUCAUGGAUUAGCUAUACUUGAUUACAACGCAAAACAACUCAAUGAAUUAUCCUUCAAAAAAGGUGAUAUAAUACUCUUACAAAGAAGUAUUGAUUCAAAGUGGAUCUAUGCUAAAAACGGUGAUAAAGAAGGUUCCUGCCCAGUGAAUUAUAUGAAUAUCAUAAGCAGACCUCAGUAUUUUAUUGAACCUAUAGUUGAAGUUUGCUAUGCGAAAUUUCCUUUUACGGGAGAAAACUCAACUGAACUAUCUUUUAGAGAAGGUGAUAAAAUAAGACUUAUUGAUAGGAUUAGCGAUGAAUGGCUAAUUGGAGAAUUGAACGAUUCGAUAGGAAGUUUUCCACUGUCAUUUGUGGAAUUGCAGUCUCCGAUUUUGGAUAAUUUAAAAAAUGAUAAAAAGCAAAGUCUGAUAAAAAAAGAUAUAAGAAUUGCUAUUGCCGAAUACGACUAUAUAUCUGACGCGUCAGAAGAUCUUCAAUUCAAAAAAGGCGAAGUUAUUAAUAUUACAGAAUUUAUUGAUGAUAAUUGGAUGAAAGGACAAAGUUCUAAUGGAUCAACCGGUCUCUUCCCAUCUAAUUUUGUCCAUAUAAUUCCUAAUGAAAAGAUCGCCUGUGCCGAAUUUGAUUACGAAUCUAAUGUUGAAGGUGAUCUUUCUUUUAAACAAGGAGAUUCGAUAAUAAUUUUAGAAGAUAUUAACAAUGAGUGGGUUAAAGGUCAAGUUAGUCAUAAAGUGGGGAUAUGUCCUAAGAAUUUUUUAAAGUUUUAA